UACAGAUGCACGUUGUGAGCAAGGAGCUGUCGAGCAUGUUGCAGGUGUCCAAGCUGAUCAAGCAGACACUACGUCGGCCGGAAUGGGGUAACAUCUCCAAGCGUACCCAUGACCUCUUACUAGAGGACCUACGGGUGCGGACAGUAACGUUGGUCUACCAGAUGAAGCAGACAAGGGGUGCAUCAAAGAUAUUGAUAUCAUAGCACGUGAGUUCGUGUCCUCGGGUGGUCAAAAGCGUACUUGUGACGGGCUCAUUUCAGCUUGUACAUGUUGCAUACAGCUAUUACGGCCAGAGCCACCAUCACCAUCAUGACAAGCAUACCCUCGCUAUCAUCCCGCCAUUAUUCACCGGAUUGGAGCAAUCCAUGAGCGGAGUAAUCCAAGCCCAGAAUAGCCCAUGAGUGGAACCUGGCCGGAGGGCUAUAAGAGAAGAAUGUCACGGUCCCGAUUUGGGUAGCUGCUCACCCUCGGUAUACUCGUCGAUGGAGUGGAUGGUUCAUAGCGGUCUGCCUUUUCUCUGUCCGAUCAGCUCCCUCGCCAUGACAGACACCACCAGCUAGCAGAGCAGUCAUUAGGGGAAUGAUCUAAGUAGUUGAUAUUCUCAUUGCAAAUGGGUGUUGAUAGGGAUGGGGAAAAUGAGUUAUAUUUACCCUAAUCCUGUCUUCUGACAGGUUGUGAAUUUCCUUCGGAGCCUUUAGACAGCCACUUAGAAUAUCUUGCUUUUCUUCUUUAGAUUCAAUCUCAAUACUGUCUAUGCU